AUGACAAACCGAGCAGAUCAAAGCAAUUCGAGAAUCUUUGUUCAAUAAUUUUGUUUUCCCUCAACGGAGCAUGCCUGUGCAAGAUGAGUAGAUCCGUGAAACGGGAAGUAUCGGCCGAGGAAAACUGCCUGCAGAAUGCAUCCAAGACGGACGACGGGCAGCUGGAGGCACGGUACGAGUGUCCAAUCUGCUACUGUUGGCUGAACGAACCUAUUCUGACGAAAUGUGGACAUCGGUUCUGUCGGAAGUGCAUUACGGACUGGUUAAACGAGAAAAAUUCCAACUGUCCGCUGGACAACGAACCACUCGAUAUCAAGUGCGAUAUUUUUCCGGAUAACUGCACAAGGCGUGAAAUCUCACAGAUCAAAAAGCCCUGCCCGAACUGGAUGCGAGGCUGCGCGGAUCAACUGUCCCCCACCGAAAUCGAUUCCCAUCAGCUACAGUGCCCGUUCGGUAUGUCAUCCCAAAGCCAACCGUGCCCGUUCGCUCGGGUGAAGUGCAAGUUCGUAGCCCGUGACGAAGCCACGCUCAAUGAGCACAUUGCCACCGAUUGCCAGAAGCAUCUACAGCUUCUGCUGGACUCGUACACCGGGAGCGGUGAACGGUACCGGUUCUGGGAUCCACCGGAGAAAAACAGCGCCCCGGAGAUGAGCACUAACGAGCUGGUGCGUUCCAUGUACGAAAGGAUCGUCAUACUCGAGCAGGAGUUGCAUAUCCUCAGCAUCAAGCUUUCUAAGCAGGACACUCAGCUGGCCAAAGUACACCAUGAAGUAGAUCCGCGCUACAGUGCCGGAGUGUUGCUAUGGAAACUGGACGAUUUUAGUAGCAAGGUCGAUACGAUGCAGGCCAACAGUAACUGUAUGUUCUACAGCGGCGAGGCGUACACUUCACCACACGGCUACAAGUUCUGCGCUCGUAUCAAUGUGCCAUCGCGCACAAAAGAGUUUAUUGGACUGCACGUGCAUCUGAUGCAGUCCGAGAACGAUUACCAUCUCGAAUGGCCGUUUAAGGGUCGAAUCAAGAUCACGCUGCUGAACGUGCGUAACCCGGAGCGAUCGCAGCACGAUACGAUCAUGUCGAAGCCCGAAAUUCUGGCUUUCCACCGACCGAACCAGGAGAUCAGUCCCCGUGGGUUCGGAUUUCUCGAGUUUGCCAAAAUUAAGGAAGUACUGGCCAAGUUCAUGGACAACAAUAUGGUGGUGAUUAAGAUCGAGAUGAACAUUGUCUAAGGCAGCUAGGACGACAAACGAUCCGCCGGAGAUCGCAAGAAAAUACCAUUCCACGAACAACACCCAACAUUCCCAGCGCCCAGACGCUUCGCCCGGUUACCACUCAUUUGUCUAGCAAAUAGUUAGAAUCUCCUGGGGUGUACUCUUGUGAGAGGGGGAAGCCCUCUUAUCAUCGACAUUAAUCUUUUAGCAGCUUAGUAUCCACCAUUUGUAGCGCGUGUUCGUCUCUGUCUGUAUUUGUGUAAAUGCGUGUAUUUCGAUCGAGUCAGGCCAACGGAGGAAAUGUUAGGUUCUACCUUUUAGGUUUUUAGGGUAGCGUACGGUAUGCAGUAUUAGGGCAAAAAGAAGGUUAGCUUCGUGUGUACUUAGUAUCGUGCCAAGCAAGGGCCCUGUGCGAUAUUCUUAGGCUUUUAAUGGAUUAUAAUAUCCCUGAUGCAUACGUUUGAAUUUUGCUACCCACCAUUUGAGCGUAUCGACCUGCGGUAUCUCCGCUCUCUUGUGCGACGAUAGAUAAUUUUUAGCGCUACAUGUCCCAGCUCAUCUAGACUUUACUUAACGCAAAGAAAGAUCGUUGAUAUAAUGCGAUCACUUUUUUUGGAUGACAAUGACGAAUGACACUUUUGCACAGCGAGACUAGUCGCCAGCAGACCCCUGUGAACAGCUAUCAUAUGCUAACGGUGCAUAUGUUGUACACUCGGAAAUAAGCUACCGCUAUUGCGAUCCAUAUUCCAUCGUUAUUACCGAACGGCUAACGGGAGGUAUGGAAAGGACAAUGUCGAAACGCAUUCGAAAGUAACAGACCAUGGUUCUAAAAGCUUUUUUGUUGACAAUUUUAGAUGUUAUAUACAAGAGAAUACAGGAAUUUUCGAACGUGAUAGGUACGCAGCGAAGGUGAUGGGAACGCAGAAUCAGAAAGGUGUAUUCUGUAUCAAAUAAUAAAUGAAAAACAAUAAAAUAACGCACAAAGUCGAGUCGCGGUAGUUCA